AUGAAAUAAAUAAAAUGGUAAUCUUAGGAGAUGAGAUCUUGAAUGCUUCCCUUAUUCUGAACUACCUUCAAUCUGAGAGCAGCCCAGGUCACCCUUGUUUGAAAUCUGCCACUUUAAAUUUCUUCUUUUGGAGAAGUCAAAUCGUACCGUUAAUUGCCCGCACAAGAGAUUCCCAACCAUGGAAGUCGACUUACAGAAGGCAGCAGCAGAAGGCAAAUUUGAUCCAUUCGAAGAACAUUUAGAUCAUCUUGAUUGCAUAGUCACAUGUAGUGAGAACACAAUACUUCAUUUUCAUCUUUCCUUGUUAAGCGAAAGAUCCACCGAGUUUAUAAAACAAGUAGUUGGGAAUUGCCCCAAGUUGUUGACGCAGGAAAAUCGUGAUGGUAAUACUCCGUUGCACAUAGCAGCUAGGCACGGGCACACUGAUGUAGCGGAAGAGCUAAUCAGACAGGCUGAGGCCUUACAUGGAGACAACAAAGAAGCAGUGAGGGAGAUGUUAAGGAAGGAAAAUAAAAUGAAAGAAACCGCCUUGCAUGUGGCAGCAAGAAAUGGAAGAAGUCUGGGUGUUGUGAAAGCAAUAUUGAGCAAGGAAGAUCAUGAGUUCAAAUAUCCUGCAAACGAAUUUGGGGAAACUCCUCUUGAUGUGGCAGUUGAUAACACAUGUACAUAUAUAGUGGCUGAAUUGUUAAAUUCACAAUCUCUGGAUCUGGAGUAUGGAGACUCUAUUAAUGGUGCAACGGUGUUACAUAGAGCAGUUGGGCGCUGGAAUACAGAGGUUGUACGUAUGCUUUUGGAGAAACAGAGUAGUUUGUCCAAAACACAAAAUCAUCAAGGACAGACUCCACUUCAUAUUGCUGCAUCUGAAGGUUCUAGCUCAAUAGUGGCAACUUUAUUAGACAAGGAUAAAUCUAUAGCGUGCAGUGGUGCUGAUCUUUGGAGCGUGACAGCUCUUCACAUUGCAGCCUUAAAAGGCUUUAAACACGUAGUGAAAGAGAUUACUUCUAAAUGUCCAGAGUGUUGUAAACUCACUGACCGUAGCGGCUGGAACGUUCUUCACUAUGCAGUAUUUAGUGAAAAUGAUGAAGUACUGGAAGCAAUCCUUGAAAAUUCAUCGUUGGUAGACCUUAUAAGUGGAAAAGAUAAUGGAGGGAACACGCCUGUCCAUCUAUUCAAGGCUUUUAAUCUCCCUUUGCCUUCUUUCAUACUUGAUGGAGAUACUGAUGCCUUCAUCCUUUGGAAGAAAUUAUACAAUACAAUCCCUCGAGAUUUUACGAUGAAGGAUUUGGCAAAAGGUAUUCCAUAUUUUGAGAAUUUGACCAUGGCUGAUGAAGAGAUUAAGGAUGAAACUGCCGAGUUUGCUUACUCCUGGGACGUCUCUACAAAAAUUAAAAUUCUGGCGAAGAAUAAAAUCAAUAAUAUUAUGAAGCGUAGUUUGAAAAAGAAAGCAGAACUGAUGAUAGCUAAAUCAGAAGAAGCCAGAGACUCCAAUUUAAUUCCUGCAGCACUUGUAGCAACGGUGACGUUUGCCGCAGGGUUCACUUUGCCGGGUGGUUAUAUAAGUGACAAAAAUGAUUCAGAGAAAGGAACAUCCAUUCUAAGCAGAAAUUCAGCUUUUAAAGCAUUUAUUAUAGCAGACACCAUAGCUAUGGUUCUUUCUACGUCUUCUGUCUUCAUCUACUUCAUUAUGGUAUUGUUAGGACACAGACCAAAAUACUACUGGCUAAUAAAAAUUGCCUUCAGGUUUAUCAUCCUUGCUAUGGGUGCAAUGGUGGUUGCAUUUGUGAUGGGUACUUAUGCAGUUCUAACACCUUCCUUAGGGCUUGCUAUUACUACUUGUGCCAUUGGUUUGAGUUUCUUCCUCAUUUUGUUUUAUAUUUUUAGAAGGUUACUAUAUGAUUUUCCUCGUGAUAGCGAUGCUGAUGCUGAUGCUGAUGAUGAUGCCACAAGGAUUUUAACUCUCGCUUGGAUAAGUUGCGGAGGCUGGUGGUUGAAGGAGAAUAUCAAGGAAAGGCGUUGGCAACGGCUUAUUCUGGUGACUAAAAGAAUUUUUAAAUUUUGUAAUUUUUAUAAAUUUAGGCAUUCAACAGGUCACAAUUUUAAUACAAGUGUUUAAUGUAUUAAUUUCAAAUAAUAUAAAGAUGUAAAAAUAUAU